AUGGCAGGAGGAAAGAUAAGGGCAAAGCUCCGGCAGAGCCAGCUUUACACAUUCUGCCAAAAGCCAAAAGCCAGUGAGACAGAGGCGUCUCGCCCAAUCCAAGGAGCCGGGUUCUCAAGAACUGUAUAUUGUAACCAACCUCUUCUCCAUCAGAAGAAGCCUUAUAAAUACCGUUCAAAUUUCAUAUCAACCACCAAGUAUAACCCUAUCACGUUCUUGCCCAAGGCACUGUUUGAGCAGUUCAGACGGGUUGCCAAUGUGUAUUUUCUUUUGGCUGCCAUUCUUUCCCUCACCCCUGUCUCACCAUUCUCUCCUGUGAGCAUGAUUGCUCCUCUGGUAUUUGUUGUUGGUCUCAGUAUGGCAAAGGAAGCACUGGAAGAUUGGAAUAGGUUCUUGCAGGAUAUGAAGGUUAAUCUCCGAAAAGUGAUCGUUCAUAAAGGAGAUGGUGUUUUUGGUUUUAGGCCAUGGCAUAAAAUUCAGGUUGGAGACAUCUUGAAAGUGGAAAAGGAUCAAUUCUUUCCUGCAGAUUUGCUUCUUUUGUCAUCAAGUUAUGAAGACGGGAUUUGCUAUGUUGAGACUAUGAACUUAGAUGGUGAGACGAAUUUGAAGGUAAAGAGAUGUUUGGAAGUAACCUCACCUUUGGAGGAUGAUGGCACUUUCAAGGAUUUCACUGCAACAAUUCAAUGUGAAGAUCCAAACCCCAAUCUUUACUCCUUUGUGGGUAAUCUUGAAUAUGAUCGGCAGGUUUAUCCUCUCGAACCUGGUCAAAUACUCCUCAGAGAUUCGAAGCUCAGGAAUACAGCUUACGUGUAUGGGGUGGUGAUUUUCACAGGCCAUGAUAGCAAAGUUAUGCAGAAUUCAACAAAAUCCCCUUCAAAAAGGAGUGGUAUAGAAAGGAAAAUGGAUAAUAUUAUCUAUAUCCUUUUCACCCUCCUUGUAGGGAUCUCAUUGAUCAGCUCAAUAGGCUUUGCCGUGAAGACAAAAUUCAGUAUGCCAGACUCGUGGUACAUGCGCCCUGAUCAAACAACAGAUAUGUACAGCCCAGAAAAGCCUGCCUUGUCGGGCCUUAUCCAUCUGGUUACUGCUCUCAUCCUUUAUGGAUAUCUAAUACCCAUCUCUCUGUAUGUUUCAAUUGAGGUUGUGAAGGUUUUGCAAGCAACCUUCAUUAACCAAGACAUACACAUGUAUGAUGAAGAGACUGGGAAUCCUGCUCAAGCACGGACAUCAAAUUUGAAUGAGGAGUUAGGCCAGGUAGACACCAUCCUCUCUGAUAAAACUGGCACGUUAACCUGCAACCAAAUGGACUUUCUCAAGUGUUCCAUUGGUGGUACUGCAUAUGGUGUCCGUUCUAGUGAAGUUGAACUUGCGGCAGCAAAACAGAUGGCUUUUGACCUUGAGGACAAUGAAGAUGAUCUUUCUAAUUUUCCCAUGCGAAAACAUAAUCCACGUGUAUCAUGGGGGAAUGGAGUAGGAUCAGAAAUUGAGCUGGAGACUGUUGUUACUUCCAAAGAUGAUAAGGAUCGGAAACCUGCAAUAAAGGGGUUUAGCUUUGAGGACAGCCGGCUUAUGAAUGGAAAUUGGUUGAACGAGCCCAGCCCUGAUGUGAUUUCAUUAUUUUUACGAAUAUUAGCAGUUUGCCACACUGCAAUUCCUGAGCUAAAUGAAGGGACUGGCAGUUAUACGUAUGAAGCAGAGUCACCUGAUGAAGCGGCUUUUCUUGUUGCAGCAAGAGAGUUAGGUUUUGAGUUUUGUAAAAGAAAUCAAUCAAGUGUGUUUGUCAAUGAGAAGUUUCCUUAUUCAGGACAACCAGUGGACAGGGAGUACAAAGUCUUAAAUCUAUUGGAGUUCACUAGCAAAAGGAAGCGUAUGUCUGUUAUUGUGCGAGAUGAAGAUGGACAGAUUUUUCUUUUUUGCAAAGGUGCUGACAGCAUCAUUUUUGAUCGACUUUCCAAGAAUGGAAGAAUGUAUGAGGAAGCUACUACAAAGCAUUUGAAUGAAUAUGGAGAAGCUGGGUUGCGUACAUUGGCACUUUCUUAUAGAAGGCUUGAGGAGGCCGAGUACUCUGCUUGGAGCAAUGAGUUUCAGAAAGCAAAAACAUCUAUUGGGGCUGAUAGAGAUGGAAUGCUUGAGCGAGUAGCAGAUAAGAUGGAAAGAGAUUUGAUCCUUGUUGGUGCAACAGCUGUGGAGGACAAAUUGCAAAAAGGGGUGCCCCAAUGCAUAGACAAUCUUGCACAAGCUGGUCUUAAGAUAUGGGUUUUGACAGGGGAUAAGAUGGAAACUGCAAUCAACAUAGGAUUUGCAUGUAGUUUGCUCCGACAGGGCAUGAAGCAGAUCUGUAUAUCAACAGCGAAUUUUGACACGUUGGGACAAGAUAGCAAAGAGGCUGUGAAAGAUAACAUUUUGAAUCAAAUUACCAAUGCCUCACAAAUGAUCAAGUUGGAGAAAGAUCCACAUGCAGCAUUUGCAUUAAUUAUUGAUGGAAAAACUUUAACCUAUGCUUUGGAGGAUGAUAUGAAGCAUCUAUUCUUGGGUUUAGCUGUUGACUGUGCAUCAGUCAUAUGCUGCCGUGUCUCUCCCAAGCAGAAGGCACUGGUAACAAGGUUAGUCAAACAAGGAACUGGAAAAACCACAUUAGCAAUUGGUGAUGGUGCAAAUGAUGUUGGAAUGAUACAAGAAGCUGACAUUGGUGUUGGAAUCAGUGGGGUUGAAGGUAUGCAGGCUGUGAUGGCUAGUGAUUUUUCUAUUGCCCAGUUUCGGUUUUUGGAGAGACUUUUGGUAGUCCAUGGGCAUUGGUGCUAUAAGAGGAUUGCUCAGAUGGUUUGCUAUUUCUUCUACAAAAAUAUUGCAUUUGGUCUCACCCUCUUCUACUUUGAGGCAUUCACGGGUUUCUCUGGGCAAUCAAUAUAUGAUGACUGGUACAUGUUAUCGUUCAAUGUCAUUCUUACCUCAUUGCCUGUCAUAUCACUUGGAGUCUUUGAACAAGAUGUGUCUUCCGAGGUCUGCUUACAGUUCCCUGCAUUGUAUCAGCAAGGACCUAGAAAUUUGUUCUUCGACUGGUACAGGAUACUGGGGUGGAUGGGCAAUGGUGUCUAUUGCUCUCUAAUCAUCUUCUUCCUCAACAUUAUCAUCUUCUAUGACCAGGCCUUCCGUUCUAAUGGCCAGACUGCUGAUAUGGCUGCUAUGGGUACCACGAUGUUUAGUUGCAUUGUCUGGGCUGUUAACUGCCAGAUUGCUCUCACAAUGAGCCACUUUACAUGGAUUCAGCACCUCUUUGUGUGGGGCAGUAUUGCAAUGUGGUACCUAUUUCUCUUACUUUACGGCAUGCUGUCUCCAGUUCACUCCAAGAAUGCCUAUCAAAUUCUAGUUGAAGCUCUUGGUCCUGCACCAUUAUUUUGGUCAGCCACCCUUUUAGUAACAAUUGCUUGUAAUCUUCCCUACAUUGUCCACUUAGCCUUCCAAAGAAGUUUCAAUCCAAUGGAUCAUCAUAUCAUCCAAGAAAUCAAAUACUACAAGAAAGAUGUUGAGGAUCAGCGCAUGUGGAAGCGGGAGGCGUCUAAAGCAAGACAAGAAACCAAGAUUGGGUUUACGGCUAGAGUGGAUGCCAAGAUCAGACAUUUGAGAGGGAGGCUGCAAAAGAAGCAUACCCCUGGUUUGAGGCCGAUUGCAGUUUUACGUUGUGGCCCGUUGUAA